AUGUCUGGCGAAGGUUCAAGUUUAGUAAAUGAUAAUAAGAGGGUGGCGUUGAUUACCGGCAUUACCGGCCAGGAUGGUUCGUAUCUAGCGGAGUUUUUAAUAGAGAAGGGCUAUGAGGUGCACGGUAUCCUCCGGCGGUCGUCCUCGUUCAACACGGGCCGGAUACAGCACCUGUACGGCAAGCCGGCGUGCCAUACCGGCGGCCGCAUGCACUUACACUACGGAGACCUCACCGACACUACUUGUCUCAUCAGUAUUAUUACUAAAAUACGUCCAAGAGAGAUUUAUAACCUGGGAGCACAGUCCCAUGUCAAAGUAUCCUUUGAGCUAAGUGAGUACACGGCACAAGUGGAUGCCCUCGGCACCCUGAGGUUGUUGGAGGCAGUGAGGGCGGCAGGCCUGGCGAAGGAGACCAGGAUAUACCAGGCAUCUACCUCAGAAUUGUAUGGAAAGGUCAUCGAAGUACCCCAAAAUGAAAAGACUCCUUUCUAUCCCAGAUCACCUUAUGCAUGUGCAAAGCUCUACGGUUACUGGAUAGUGGUGAACUACAGGGAAGCGUACGGCAUGUUCGCCUGCAAUGGCCUUCUCUUCAACCACGAAAGUCCAAGGAGAGGGGAAAACUUCGUGACGAGGAAGAUCACGCGAGGAGUAGCCAAGAUCACACUGGGACUGAUGGAGUAUUUAGAACUAGGUAACCUGGACAGCAAGAGAGAUUGGGGACACGCCAAGGAUUAUAUUGAGGCCAUGUGGCUGAUGCUGCAGCAGCAGGAGCCGGAGGACUUCGUGGUGGCGACGGGCGAGGCGCACAGCGUCCGCGAGUUCGUGGAGCGAGCCUUCCGCUGCGUCGGCCGCCGCGUGCUCUGGAGGGGCGCCGGCGACCAGGAGACUGGACACGACGCGGACACCGACCAGCUACUGGUCAAGAUCAACCCCAAAUACUUCAGGCCUACUGAAGUGGACCUGCUUUUGGGUGACCCAUCGAAAGCCAAAGAGAAGUUAGGCUGGACACCUAAAGUGAGCUUCGACCAGCUAGUUAAAGAUAUGGUGGAAGCCGACCUCGACCUCAUGAAGAGAAACCCAGAGGCGUAG